UUAUUCAACCUAUUAGUCUUUUUCUUGUCUUGUUCAUCUUUUUUCUAGCAUCUCUCUGAUCCUUUACUAGCUUCAACUGACCCACAAGACCAACAUACCCCAACAUUUAGUUAGACCAAAUUAUUAUAUUUUAACAUGUUAGUAGAAGAAGACUAAAAUCAAGGUCCAAGCCAAGGUUUUAUAAGAACCUAGUUUUAGACACAAAAAACAAGUCCUUAUUUUAACACAUUUUGUCUUGUGAAGAAAAAUGGUCCAAGUUGAGAAGAAGCAAGAUUAUGAUAUGGAAGAGAAAAUAGAUUAUGUGUUUAAGGUGGUUGUAAUUGGUGACUCAGCAGUUGGAAAAACUCAAAUACUUUCAAGAUUUUCAAAGAAUGAGUUUUGCUUUGACUCAAAGUCAACCAUUGGAGUUGAAUUUCAAACUAGGACUGUCACUAUUAAUGGAAAAGUAAUCAAAGCUCAGAUCUGGGAUACUGCUGGCCAAGAAAGGUACAGAGCAGUAACAAGUGCAUACUACAGAGGUGCAUUAGGUGCAAUGCUAGUAUAUGACAUAACAAAAAGACAAUCAUUUGAUCAUGUUGCUAAAUGGGUUGAAGAACUAAGAGCACAUGCAGAUACUUCCAUUGUCAUCAUGCUAGUUGGUAACAAAGGUGACCUUGUUGAUUUGAGAAUGGUUCCUACUGAAGAUGCUGUUGAAUUUGCAGAAGACCAAGGUUUAUUCUUUUCAGAGACUUCAGCUCUUACUGGUGAGAAUGUGGAGGGUGCAUUUAUCAAAUUGUUAGAAGAGAUUAAUAGUGUAGUUUCUAAAAAGGCAUUGGAAUGUGGUAAUGGUUACUAUGAUGCUGAUAAACUUAAAGGUUCAAAUAUUGAUGUGAUUUUAGGUGGUGAAUUGGAAAUUAGUGAGAUGAAGAAGUUGUCUUCAUGUUCUUGUUGAUGUUGUAUUGAGAUUAAGUUGCAAGUGUUUGAUUUUGAAAUUUGGAAAAGAAAGGGGUGUGAAAAGUAUAUAUGUUGUUUAUGUGCUUAAUGAUUGGUGAGGCCUAAUUGAUUUCAUUUGGUCUUGCUUUCAAUUCUAAAACUAAGUGGCCGGUA